ACGACACACCGGCAUUUACGACGUUUUAAUCCAAAUCACAACUCAAAAACCUAAACGAAAACAUGUCUAGAAUACGCAAAUGUUUUCUUUUUACUAUAGCAAUAAUAAGUUUAAUAAAUUCAACACUGUGUGAAGGAGACGGUGCUGUGGAAAGUGUGAAAGUGGAAGUAAAUCAAGGUGUACUGUCAGGAAAAGUGGAGAGAACUUUUAUGAAACACGCGGAGUAUUAUUCUUUCAAAGGAGUGCCAUACGCGGAGCCACCUGUUGGCGUGCUAAGGUUUCAGCCACCGAAACCUAUCCAAAAAUGGGAAGGGAUUUACCAAGCUUAUGACAAUAAACCAACGUGUCUGCAGUUUAAUUCGCGAUCCCGAAUCGAUGAGCCUUUUGGAAUCUCAGGAUCUGAAGACUGCCUCUUCCUCAGCGUGUUCACACCAGGACUCGAAGGCAGCUACCCUGUAGUUGUAUUCGACUAUAAUGAUAACUUUAUCACUGGUUUCAACGGUACUGAUACGUAUUCUCCGGACUUCUUCAUCGAAGAAGGUGUUAUAGUAGUCUACAUCACGCACAGACUUGGAGUCUUUGGAUACUUAACGACUGAUGAUGACGUCAUACCUGCUAAUAACGGUAUAAGGGAUUUCAUUCUUGGUCUUCAAUGGAUACAGGACAAUAUAGAACAAUUUGGAGGCGACCCCAAUAGAGUUACGCUCAUGGGAUACAAGGGUGGUGCUGCAUUGAUGAAUAUAUUAUUAUACUCUGAAAAAGCUAAAGGUUUAUUCUCUAGUGUUAUAAUGCAAAGCGGCACUGCCUUGGAAGCUAUAUAUUUUCCCGAAAAUCCAAAAGCAAAAGCUUUUGAACUCGGCAAAGCGGUUGAUAUAGAAACUGAUGACAGUAAAAUGCUAUUAGGAGAACUACAAAAUGCAGAUGGCGAAAAUAUAUUACGAAAAGAUUUUAUGAUAUUCGACAGUGAAGAGUUGAAGAAAACACAAAUGAAUAUAAACACUUUUGCACCUACUGUAGAAAAAGAUAGUGAAAAUGCGAUCCUCACUGCGUUACCAGAAAAGGGAAAUAUUGUUAACGAUGUACCAGUUAUUAUAGGUCUCACGUCAAGAGAAGGUCUAGAUCUCACUUCACACUUUAUAUUUCGACCUUAUAUGCUUCAGGAUGUACUCGGAGGAAUGUCCAUGCAUUUUCCAAUAAGGCCUGGUUUUAGAUUCGACCGAGACAGUACAAUAUUUAACAUGGAUGUUGCGAGAGAUAUUAACGAAUUCUAUUAUAAGGAUGGAUAUUUGCAUACAGGGAAUAUUCUAGAAUACUCAGUUUUAAUAGGAGAUACUCUACAUAAUUAUGCUAUUGAUUAUGCCGCGAAGAGAUUUGUGCGAGAUUUGGAAUCUCCUGUGUUUUAUUACAUGUUUGACUACAGAGGUACGAUCAAUGAAAAUAGUGAGUAUAUGGCGAGAUACGCCGUAUUAUCUAUGCAGAACUGGGGUGCGACUGUGGCGGACGAUAUAUGCUAUUUACAUCUCUGUUCGCGUAUUAAGAAGACUUAUCAACAGCUAAAGAAACUAGUCAGCGAGCAACAAGAGUUUAAAGUCCUGAAGAAAAUGGUGCGACUGUGGACCAACUUUGUUAAAACUGGAAACCCUACACCGGGAUCGGGUGACAGUGUACUCAAAGACAUCAACUGGAGACCAAUGGCCGAAGAUGACCAGAAUGCCAAUUACUUGCACAUCACAAAAACCUUCAAAAUGAAAACGAAUCCUUUAGGAAAACGUGCUAACUUCUGGGACGAGUUUUUGGAUAAAUAUUCCAAAAUUACUAUUGAUGGUGUUGUUCCUGAUGUAGUAAAAGAAGCUAAAAACGAUGUUGACGAAACAGAAAAUAAGCCAGACGAAGCAGAGAAACAUGAAGGAAGGAAAUUAGAUGAAGAUAAGACUCAAAUUGUUGAAGAAGAAGAAAUAGAAAGUUCUACUAAAGAAGUACAGGACGAAAGUAAAGAAAAAGAUACUAAAGUUAUUAUAGUUAAUCAACUGAAUCUUAUAGACUCAAUUGAUACUGAUAAAGUCAGCGAAGAGAGCCAUGAUGAACUGUAA